UUAGUCGCCUCUUAGCGUUUUGGGGUCUUCUCGGCGGCAAGGGCGCUUUGGCUCGAGUCAGUGAGCGUCCAAGAUGUCGGCGCCGUUGGCGGUAAUUUCAGCUGCCAGUUUGUGGGGGCCCUACAAAGACAUUUGGCAAGCAGUGGUUAAUGCUAUAUGGAAAAGGCAACCUGAAGCAACACAUCUUCUUGACCAGAUCUUAAAGAAAUACAAGUCUGACUUCAUAUCCCUCUUCAGAAAUCCGCCAAAGAAUGCCCAACAGCAUGAAAAGGUUCAGAAAGCAAGUACAGAAGGAGUUGCUAUCCAGGGCCAACAAGGAACCAGACUCUUACCAGAGCAGCUAAUCAGAGAGGCCUUUAUUCUGAGUGAUCUUUUCGAUAUUGGGGAGUUGGCAGCUGUUGAACUCCUUCUAGCAGGGGAGCAUCAGCAGCCUCGUUUUCCUGGGCUAUCCAGGGGUUUAGUAGCUGUUCUUUUAUACUGGGAUGGAAAGCGAUGCAUUGCAAAUUCAUUGCGGACACUCAUCCAGUCUCGGCGAGGCAAGACUUGGACACUGGAACUCAGCCCUGAAUUGGUAUCCAUAACAACACGCUUUACAGAUGAACUGAUGGAGCAGGGUCUCACACAUAAAAUUCUGACUUUGGUGUCUCAAAUUGAUGUAAACACUGAGUUUGAGAAACUGCAGAGAGACCGAGGAUUGGGCAGUGAGAAACAUCGCAAAGAGGUUUCUGAUCUCAUCAAGGAGUGUAGGCAGGCACUGGCAGAGAGCUUAUUUGUUUGGGCUUGCCAGUCACCGCUGAGCCGGGAUGAUACUUUAAUCCUGAUUACUUACUUAGAGAAAGUGACUGUGGAAGCUGAUGGUUCAUUGGACAGAGUAAACUUGGCACUUCUUAUGGCACUCCUCUAUUGCUUUGAUGUCAGCUUUCUAGAACAGGCCACUGAAGAUCGAGAAGAACUAAUGCACCAGCUGCCACUGUUAACAGAGAGACAAUAUAUAGCUGCAAUCCAUACACGCCUUCAGGAUGCUCGGCCUUGGAAACUGCCAGGACUUCAAGGAACUGUUAGGUUAGCCUGGGCUCUAGCCUUGCGUGGAAUUUCACAGUUCACUGAUGUGACAGCACUUGCAGAAUUUGCUGAGGCAGAUGAAGCAAUGGCAGAGUUAGCAAUUGCAGACAACGUUUUCUUGUUCCUUACUGAAUCUGUGGUGAGAGCUGAAAACUUCUACCAAGAGGAAUUUUACAUACGUAGAAUCCACAACCUUACCACCGACUUUCUUGCUCUCAUGCCAAUGAAGGUGAAACAGCUAAGAAACCGUGCUGAUGAAGAUGCUCGCAUGAUACACAUGAGUAUACAGUUGGGUAAUGAGCCUCCUCUUUCUCUUAGACGGGAUCUGGAGCAUCUGAUGUUUUUAAUUGCUGAGUUGUAUAAGAAGGAUCCAUUUAAUUUGGAGCUUGCUCUUGAGUACUGGUGUCCUUCGGAGCCCCUGCAGAGUUCCACCAUCAUAGGAUCGUAUAUUGGGAUAGCCCAUCAAAGACCACCUCAGCGUCAGGUUGUUUUGUCUAAAUUUGUUAGACAAAUGGGAGACCUCCUUCCCUCAACAAUUUACAUUCCUUACCUGAAAAUGCUCCGGGGAUUAGCCAAUGGGCCCCAAUGCGCUCAUUACUGCUUUACUUUGCUGAAGGGCAACGGCAGCAGCCAUGCUGAAAACAUCCAAGGAGCAGGUGGCAGUCCUGUCUCCUGGGAGCAUUUCUUCCACUCUCUGAUGCUGUACCAUGAGCACCUGCGGAAAGAUUUGCCCAGUGCAGAUAGCAUUCAGUAUCGUCACCUUCCUCUCAGAGGCAUCACCCAGAAAGAACAGGAUGGAUUGAUUUCAUUUCUGCAACUUACAGAAACUAUAGUGAAAUGGAGUGAGAAUGCCCGCUUGGCUCUCUGUGAACACCCUCAGUGGACACCAGUGGUUAUAAUUUUGGGACUUCUGCAAUGUAGCAUCCAUCCCAUUUUGAAAGCAGAGUUAUUAGAGACUCUUUCAGCCUUUGGGAAAUCUCCGGAAAUUGCUGCUUCACUGUGGCAGUCAUUGGAAUACACCCAGAUACUACAAACUGUCAGAACUCCAGGCCAAAGACAAGCCAUUGGCAUUGAGGUUGAAUUGAAUGAAAUUGAAUCCCGGUGUGAGGAGUAUCCCUUAACUCGUGCUUUCUGCCGGCUCAUUAGCACACUGGUGGAGAGUUCAUUUCCUUCUAACCUGGGCGCUGGCUUGCGCCCACCAGGCUUUGAUCCAUACCUGCAAUUUCUGAGAGAUUCUGUGUUUCUCCGAUUUCGUACAAGGGCCUAUCGGCGAGCUGCUGAGAAGUGGGAAGUAGCGGAAGCAGUUCUAGAGGUUUUUUAUAAACUGCUGAGAGAUUACGAACCUCAACUUGAAGAUUUUGUGGACCAAUAUGUGGAGUUACAAGGAGAAGAAAUUAUAGCUUAUAAACCACCUGGAUUUAACCUGAUGUAUCAUCUGUUGAAUGAGUCACCAAUGUUGGAACUGUGUCUUAGCUUGCUGGAAGAAGGGGUUAAACAACUAGAUACCUAUGCUCCUUUCCCUGGAAAGAAGCACUUAGAGAAAGCUGUACAGUAUUGCCUUGGGCUGCUUAAUCUGACCCUACAGAAAGAGAACCUUUUCAUGGACUUGUUAAGGGAAAGCCACCUCUCCCUGAUUGUUACAUCCCUGGAACAGCUGCUGCAAGGAAUCAACCCUCGGACUAAAAAGGCAGACCAUGUGGUGAAUAUUGCCAGGUAUCUUUAUCAUGGCAAUACCAAUCCUGAACUGGCUUUUGAAAGUUCCAAGAUCCUGUGUUGCAUUUCUUGUAAUUCAAAUAUUCAGGUCAAAUUGAUUGGAGACUUCACACAAGACCAGAAUAUCAGCCAGAAACUAAUGGCUGGGUUUGUGGAAUGUUUGGACAAUGAAGCUGCUGAAGAAAUCAUUAAUUCUGAUGAAGAACUUGAAGCUGAAAGGAAGCAGGCCCCAAUUUACCAUGAAACAAGGAUUAACAUCCUGAACCUUCUAAUCACCUCUUUGGAGUGCAGCCCACCAAAUCUUGCCUUGUAUCUUCUGGGUUAUGAAUUCAAGAAGCCUGUGAGCAACACAAACUUGCAAGACCCAGGUGUAUUGGGCUGCCCUAGAACUUGCCUACAUGCUAUUUUGACCAUACUGGAGAAUGGUACCGAAACAAGGUCUGGUCCCACAGCGGUUCAACAAUCUCCUCAUCUAGCAGAAUUGUGUUACCAGGUGAUCUAUCAGUUGUGUGCCUGCUCAGACACUUCAGGCCCAACAAUGAGAUACUUGAGGACCAGCCAGGAUUUUUUGUUCUCUCAGUUGCAGCAUUUACCAUUUUCUGUCAAAGAGCAUGAGAUUCCAGCUUUGAACCAGAUGUCCUGGCUAAUGAAGACGGCCUCUAUAGAAUUGCGUGUUACUUCACUGAACCGCCAGCGUUCUCACACACAGAGACUCCUGCACCUCCUUCUGGAUGACAUGCCUGUCAAAUCCUACUUAGCUGAUGGUGAAGGAGGCACAGAAGAUGAAAGCCGGUCUGUUAGUGGGUUUCUUCAUUUUGAUACUGCUGCCAAAGUACGCAGGAAGAUCUUGAGCAUCCUAGACUCAAUUGACUUCAGUCAAGAGAUCCCAGAACCUUUGCAGCUGGAUUUUUUUGACCGUGCUCAAAUUGAGCAGGUCAUUGCCAACUGCGAGAACAGAAGUGCACGUGGACCAGUUAUCUGCAAUGUCAAGCAUCUCCACAAAGUUCUGAUUGCUGAAGUUAAUGCCCUACAAGGAAUGGCAGCCCUUGGGCAGAGACCUUUGCUCAUGGAGGAAAUCAACACAAUUCUCCAGUAUGUUGUGGAACGGAACAAGCUCCUUCAGUGUCUCUAUGCUAAGCGGCAUGCUCUGGAGUCCUGGAGGCAGUUGGUGGAAAUCAUAUUAACUGCCUGCCCACAGGACCUUAUACAACCUGAAGAUAGGCAGCUUAUUAUCCGUGAUCUCUUACAAGAUUUGCAUGACAAGAUCCUGAAUGACGAUGCUGCUCAGGAGUUAAUGCCUGUUGUGGCGGCAGCCGUGUUCACACUGACCGCCCACUUAAGUCAGUGUGUGCGAACAGAGCAAAAGGAGCCAUUUGCCGUCCCUUUGCCUGGGCACUCGCAGUUUGUCUUGAUGCUGGAUGGCUCUUUCACAAUACCACCUGGUUCUGAAGGCAUGGUGGUGGGAUUCGCCUCUAUCGGAGACUCUUCUCUACAUAUCAUAUUGAAAAAGAUUCUGGAUUUCAUUCUGAAAACAGGUGGUGGCUUCCAGCGAGUGAGAACACAUUUGUAUGGAUCACUGCUUUACUACUUGCAGAUUGCUCAGAGACCAGAUGAACCAGACACCCUAGAAGCAGCCAAGAAGACCACGUGGGAGUGUUUAACAGCGCCUGAAGAUGCUUACAGUAAAUUGCAGAGAGAAAACAUGGCAAUUAUUGAAAGCUAUGGUUCUGCCCUAAUGGAGGUGGUCUGCCGAGAUGCCUGUGAUGGUCAUGAAAUUGGACGGAUGCUAGCACUAGCCUUACUUGAUCGCAUCAUCUCUGUAGAUAAACAGCAACAAUGGUUGUUGUAUCUCUCCAACAGUGGCUAUCUAAAAGUGCUUGUAGAUAGCCUAGCAGAUGAUGACCUCAAACUGCAAAGCUUACUUACACCCCAGCCUCCUCUUCUUAAAGCACUGUACACCUAUGAGUCAAAAAUGGCAUUCCUGACCAAAGUGGCCAAAAUACAGCAGGGAGCACUAGAGUUACGUAGAUCUGGAGUGAUUGUGAAGCUUGCCCAGUGUCAGGUAUAUGACAUGCGACCUGAAACAGAUCAGCAGGGAAUAUUUGGAAUGCGAGAAACCCCCGUCUUUAUUCCUGCUCCUGUAGAACGCUAUCGCCAGAUUCUUCUGCCAGCUCUCCGGCUGUGCCAGGUCAUCCUCACAUCUAGUAUGGCAGAGCACGCACAGGCUGCAGGACAGGUUUUGCAGUUCCUAAUAUCACAUUCAGAUACUAUCCAAGCAAUCUUGCGGUGUCAAGAAGUCAGUGUGGGGUCGUUGCAAGAACUGGCAUUGCUGACUGGGAUAAUCAGCAAAGCUGCUCUACCAGGUGCACUAGGUGAUUUUGACCUUGAUGUUACUGAAGGGAUGCAGAUUGAACUGCAAGGACAUAUUGGGCGAUUUCAGCGCCAGUGCUUGGGCCUCCUAACAAGGUUUAGUGGUGGUGAUAGAUUGCGUCAGUUUAAGUUGCAAGACGAUCAAGCAGAGGGAGACAAAGUGAACAAGAGAGAUGAAAUUGAACUGGCCAUGCAACAGAUCUGUGCCAAUGUGAUGGAAUACUGCCAGUUGCUGAUGAUGCAGUGUGCCCCCACCUUUGAGCACACAGUUUGCCUCUUCACUCCUAGCCUGUCUGAGUCCACUAAUCGAGAUGGACCUCGACAAGAUCCACAAGCAGCGGUGAUUCCUUAUUGGCGUUUGCCUGGCUUGGGUAUAAUUGUCUAUCUGUUAAAGCAGAGUGCCAAUGACUUCUUCAGUUACUACGACAGCCAUCGCCAGAGUGUUAGCAAGUUGCAGAAUGUGGAGCAACUGCCACCAGAUGAGAUAAAGGAGUUGUGCCAGUCAGUUAUGCUCGCUGGAGUAGACAAAAUUUCUACUACCCAAAAAUACAUCUUGGCAAAGCGACGGUUGGUGAAGUUGAUCAACAAUCGAGCCAAGUUGCUUUCUCUGUGUUGCUAUAUUAUAGAAACGUGCCUUUUCAUUCUUUGGCGGCACCUGGAGCACUACCUGCUACACUGUACCCCUACAGAUUCUCAAGAUUCUCUUUUGGCCUCCAGGAAUCGGAUAAAGAGCAGGAGAUUACAAGAUUCCUUCAGUUCAGAUCCUAACUUCGAUUUUAAAAGUGGAUUGAGCAGAGUGAGCCAACUUGAUAUUGAUCAGCUUCAGAUUGAAGCCAUCAACAGUUUUGGGGAAUCGCUGCAGAAGAAGCUCCUUGACAUUGAAAGCCUCUAUUCUAAGGUCCGAUCACGCUACACUUUCAUUCAAGCACUCGUUAGACGUAUCCGUGGACUACUGAGGAUAUCAAGGACCUGAAGACUUAUGCUUUUGCCUCAAUGGAGUUGUUUUUUGUACAAGUGUCAUUUUCUAAAUUAUGGUCAAAACUAUUUUGCUAUAUUUUUUCAUUCAAAUAAUGAAUCAGUUUUCUGUAAUUCUUUCUAUUCCCACCUAUUGAAGAGGGGGGGAAUAAACAUUUUUUUAAAUAACAUGCAUACAGUCAUCUUGAGUAGAAGCAAAAAAACAAAACUAUUAUGGAAAGGAGAUGUAAUUUCAAAGAACAAAUUAGAUCAUAAAUGUGGUCUUGGCUGAUUUUUCACAGCUGUAACAAGUACAAACCAUGCCGAUGGGAAUAAAGAUUGUUUUUGGGGAUUCAA